UUCCGUCACCCACCUCCGCGAUUGGCCGCCGAGCCUGCGAAGGCUUUGGAUAGCGCUUCAAAUUUUUAAAUUUAGAAAGUUUGGCUCAGUGUUUGUGAUUGGUUUUGUACGAGGCAUAAUGACGGCAGUGUUAUAAGAUCAAACAUGUCUAGAUUAGCAUGCCUGCUGGCGGUGGCUGGAGCCGCGUCUGCGCAGCUGACACUAGAUGGCAUCAGAUGCGGGCAACUAGUCUGCCAGCUCGAAGAGUAUUGCUCCCCGGACACCAACCGGUGCGCCCCCUGCAGCGUAGCCUGCAACAAGACGAGCCACAACUACGAUGCCGGCCUCUGCAUCAAAGAGUGCCAAGGAUAUCUCCUCGACCUGAGGUACAUGCGAAGGUCGGAGGAAACACAUCCUCCCGGGGAUCUGAGCGGUGUGCAGCGCCAAGCGCAGACUGCUCUGAUCAUCAGCGCCGUGGCACUCGCAAUCUUGGUGCUCGUGCUCAUCAUCGUCUGCAGGGGCAAGUUCUCUUGGCGAUACAUCAAGCAGAAAUUUCAGCCGGCCAAGAACCGAGUGAAGCAGUACCCAAACGACCUGACACAUCACAACCCACAUGCGGAGAUGCCGAAACCUAAGCACGAACUCAAACUGGAGAUACGGAAUCCCGAUCCAGCGAAACGACCGCAGCAGCCUCUGAAUGUGAGAGACUUGGAGACGAGGACUUCACAGACAGAGAAGAGUCAGGGAGCGACUACGCCGAAGACGAUCAGUACUGCACUUAGCAACCGACAUCCAGCCGAAGACACGACAUUAGAUUUCUCGUACGAUAAUAUGGGGAUGAAUGUGACACCGCCGGAGCAACCCGCGACCAGCCACAAGUUCUGAGGAACGGCUGUCAGCUUUGGCAGUGCCACCAUCAGGUUCAUACACCGCAAGCUCAGUACUGCCACGUCAGAAUGAUAGGCCAACAAAAGUUUCAUACUUUUAAAAGACUCUUCAGAUUUAAAUUAAAUAAAACUACUUUUUACCGUAGGAUUGUAUUGAAUUUAUCUUGUUGUAAUGCUGUCAUAGUCCUUAGCACUAAUUCUAUUGAGCAACGUAGAGCCCUGUUUAACUUUUUAUUAGAUUCUUCUGCAGUAUUUUUAGUAGGAAAUAUUUUCUACAGACGACCGUAGCGGGAAUAUAUUGUAAUAUUAUGGAGUAUUUAUUUAAUAUAAGAUAAAAAUAAAAUGCACAUUUAUCAGAAGUAAUUUCACUGAGAAUCAGAUUAAAUAACGUUAGAGUAAGUUUUGAUCUAUUUAUUCUUCGAAAUGAUGUAGUUUGAAGAGAAACCUGUUCGAUGCAUCGAAUUUAUAUGAAGCAUUUUUGUUAACGAUUUGUAAUCAAAUUUUAUAAAUAUAGGCAAGCAUAUUCAGCUUUGUUUAGAUAUUUAUGAUAUGAGGUAAGGUUUUAUUACAAUGUAGAUUUGUUUUAUACCCACGUGAGGAUCAAUUAAUUUUAAGGUAACUGUAAGACGUAACACCAACAAUAAAGUAGGAAUGAAUGAUAAAUCGAAUAUUAAAAAUGCCCUAUUGGUGCAGCUAAAAUCAAGGGAAUGUGGAGAGAUUUAUAUAGGUAAUUUAAAACUAUAAAAAUAAAAAAUAAUUUAAAAACAUCACAGAUUAAAAAUUUGGUAUCCGUGUAACGUUACAUCAUUUUUAAUUUACACAUAACUAAAUUGCUCAUGUUGAAUUCGUACGUUUUGAAAAAUAAUAGGUGAAACUGGUAACACAGAAUUUAAAUUUCAUUUAGAACAAUAAUUUAAAAAUACAAUAGUGUGUCUCUAACGCUCUUGAAAAAUCACUUUCUAAUGAGUAAUAACGAGAUUCUUUUACAUCGUUCGUCUUUUAUUUUUGGCAAACACACGCUGGUUACGUAUUGCUGUCACACAAAACAAACAAAGAAAAUUGAUAGUCGUCACAUGGGUACCCGUAAAUUAUUGUAUAAUUAAUUAAUUACGACUAUAACAAACGUGUAUUCUGUCGGCAAUAAUUUUUAAAGACGUAUAAUGUAUAUAUAUUGUAUGUAUAGUAUAGCGUUUGAGUAUAAAUGCUUGUAUUAAGCCAGGAUACCGCCAGACUCGAUUGAUGAAUGUUCGCAGCAGAACACUGAGCGAACGGAAAUGUCAAUAUAAUUUUCAUAACGAAUAAUGGAGUUCGUUGCAAAGCAAAACAUUUUGAUGAGCCUAUAGCCUAAUUAAUACUGAACGGCGCUUUCAACAAAUGAAUGGAUAUUGGAAGGUGGCAUUUACUACGGACUGUAAUGUUUAAUAGUGGCAUUGUUAUUGGGAGGUAUUGUGUCUGAUUCCAACAUUACGUGUGUAUAUUUAUGGCUUCGCUCGGAUUCAUUUCAUUCAUUAGGUGAAUUUGUAAUAUUAUCGAUUCUAUUUUCUAUCAAAUUAAACCUAAAUAAUAGAAUGUGUGGAAACAACUAUUAUGCAUGGUCUGGCGGCUCCCAUUUACAAUAUUGAUACGUAUAAUUAUAUUGCACGUAUAUAGAGGUAGUUAGUUUACCUAAUGCUUAUAUAGUUAUAGUUAUGUUGUAUAUUUUCGAGUUCGACUCGGGUUAAAUAAAUGUCCAGCAUGGCUGAGGUAGUUUUUUAUUUAUGGGUAAUGUUAAAUGUGUAUGUUAUUGACUGUUGGUGUCGGAUCGCACUUGUUUAGAAUGUAAACUAACUUUGUAAUAACAACGCAUGUUGGUAUUGUCGAGAUGUUUCGUUUUAUGAUUGAAAGAGUAGCUGAGAUUGUGUAGUCGUCAACAACAGCUUGGCAACUGUAAGCCGGCCUCGAGUGUACUCUCGGAACACGACGCGAUGGCUGAGCUCACAACUAACUACACUCACUUACACCAGUGUUAUCCCUCCAUCGUCCUUGAGUGCUACUGAAAUACCUCCAACUAAAUUAUCUUGAACAAUUCGCUGUUUGAUCUGUGUAUUAACACAAUAAUGUCUGAUAACGCGUGAACAUUCACAGUUAAACUCCUUCGUUAAUCCAUUAGAGUCUAGAACCUGUAAUUACUUGAAUCUCGAUAAUAUAACAUUGUUGUUAUUGUGAAGUGUAUUUAUGUAUUUACUGCUUUGAUUGUUCGUCUUUGAUGUAUUUUAUUAACGCAUAUAAGCUCACCAAAAGAUACACGUAUGUUUAAUUGUGGAAGAGAUUACGAAUUUCUUAUAUACUAUUAAGUAUUAUAUCAUAAUUUGUAGUUUAUUAAUAUAAGGUCACGCGCAUUCUGUUAGGGUGUUGCAAGUAAGCGACAGUUAAAAUAUCAGGUCAUUGUUUAAGUUUUCGUUAAAAUUUAGAAGUUAAUUCAAUACCUAUUUUUAAGUUUUGUUCUAAAGCAUUCCCUGCAGUGCCUUUCCAACAUAGUUUAGCAGGCCUACGUAUGGCAGAUAGAUUCAAAUUUUAAUGUCGUAAUAAUCAAUCAUUUCUUGUAGUUCUAUGAAUAAGUAUCCAUAGCCCAGCAGUAAAAGUGACCCUUGUUAACACGUGUAUUAAGGAAUGAAUGGUAUAUAAGUGUAGAGGACAAGAUAAGUACUUAACCAACUGUCCUUCAGAUGAAAACUUUGAGAGCGUCUCGGGUUGUCCUUUUGUGGGUGCUGUUCCAAUCAAUGUAAGUAGUUCAGUGUAUGUUUCACAAACUCCCUAGCACGACCAACUUGUUACCAACUACAACAAUAAAUAUUAUCUGUAUUUACGAAUGGAGACAUGUCGCGAGUACUGUAUACUGUAUAGGCUAUGCGCAUUUAUUACAACAACUAUAACUAAACGAAUUACUUAUUUACCAGUUAGAUUUUGUCGUGUAUGCAAAGAGAAUGUCUCGCACGAUCUUUGUAUUUUCUAAUAACAGUAAUGUGUAUUCUUGUACUGUGAGAAUAUUUGCGUUGCAUUCCGUGUUAAUCUAACUGAGUGAAGUAAACAUUACUUCUUGUGAUGCGCCGCGACAUACUUUGUUGUGUAAGAACACUACUAAGAUACCAACUAGAACGUCCAGUGACUGGAACACUUCUCAUACAAGCGAUUAAAAUGAUAAAUACCAUGACGAUAAAAUUAAAAUUGGCGUGCAUUUGACGAAUUCAUAAAUUACAAUAGAUUCUGUAUUUUGGGGGUCUAAAGUUAAUAGUUCAGUCAAGCGAUUUCAACUACUAAUUAAUAACAUAAUUACCAGUCGAUAUUUUAUAGAUUUUGAAGAUCACAAUAUAUUUGUAGGUAUUAUACAUAAUAUUAGGUAUUUAUCAUCUAUUUAUACUUCUUCUUUUCCAUGUUGCUUUCCAUGUUUUUGCUUCUUCUUUUCCAUGAAGAUAUCUGGUUACUUAUAAUUACUUGUUAAUUUAAAUGACUCAAAUUUCUAUACUUCAGUGAAGUGUCAUAGCAACUUUAUUGGUUAUAGUUAAAUUAGUCCUCUAAGGUUAUGUAAGGUAGUGUUAGUCAUAAGUCACUGUUUUGCACUAGUUAAGUUAGUUUUAAGUAGUGGAAUAGGUAAGGUAAGUAAGAUAGGCACGUCGUCACGAUUUGGUAUAAGUUAUAUUAAUCCAGGAGGGGGUUGACUUAACACAAUUUUAUGAAUAAUUUCUUACAUUCAUUGAAUCAAUUGUGACUAGUAACUAUUGUAAAUUGGACAUUAUUAUGUUUAACAUUUCGAAUCAACUUAAGCAUUUUCAAUUAAAUACAAAUUUAAUUGGCGUCUGAAUUACUUACUGCGACUGAAAACACACUUAGAUUUAUCCGCGUCUAAAAUUUUUGGUACAUAAGGUAUUCCUUAUUUAUUAUUAAAAAAUGUAAUCUCUCUACUAAGGGAUUUGGAAUAAAAACUCAUUUUAUCUUUUAAAGUAAGUAUGCUAUUAUAUUUGAUUUAUAACAGUCAUCAGUCAUAUUUCUAUCAAUUUGUCUAUUCCCAAAGCGUAGCUCUAUCGCCUCUGUAUUUAUUAUAUCCAAGACCCCAGGUAAAUAGGUUAUUAUUUUGGUCCCCUCUUUAUCUUGCGUAUAGCUAAAUCUGUGUGCUAGAAAGAGAUACUAAAUUUUGGAUUGAAAUCUCGAAAAUCAAUUGUUAGACGUGUUAGUCCCCCUUCUGGAAAUAUUAUAAGUAUACAUAUAGAGCCAAUAUUUCAAUCAUCAGUUAAAUUGAAACUGUAGAAUAAAAUUGACAUUUGACAGUUUUUACUAUGGAAGAAUUGAGAAAUGUUGAAAGUUAUUUCACAGUUAAAAUUUAUCUGGCGUUGGAAAUCGGCCCUAAGUUUCUUUGAUACUUCACUGUAGUUGAAUAAAUAUGGUUUUUACGAGAACACAUCGGUUGAAAAUAUUAAUGAUUCUCUUUAAUUACGUUCUAUAGAUUAAUGGGUUUUGUUAAUUAGUUCACAAUCUGACACAGGCAGGACCCACAGAUGUGUGGCCUGCUUAUCCACCGUCUUCCGACAUCUUAAGUUUAAUCCUAAAAUUUAAAUUAUGUAUAUUUAAAUUCAUAAGAAAUAAGUAGUUUUUUCUUAGGUCGUGUAAUACGAUUGCUUUUAAAUGACAUAAUUAUUUCUUAUUAGUACAUUAUCAGUAAUUCUUAUAACUUACAUUAUCUAAUUAGUAAUUGAUGAGUAAUUUAAGGAGAUUUUCUCUUGGUUCCGUUAUUUGAAUUAUGUAAAGAUCAGUAUUUAUUUCUCAUACUUUUUUGGAACAAUUGGUAUAUUCUUACAUCAAUCGAAAUCAUAUUUAAAACAUUAUUGGUUUGUUAUAAUAUUUUGACCAUGUAUCAGUGUCCGUCGGACACAAAAGACAUUUGUAGGACUUGAUUUAAUUUUGCUUUAAUAUCUAGUAAAAUAAAAAUUAAUGAAGUAUGCAACAUCUGAGUAGCUUAAGUUUCACUGAUACAUCAGUAUUGGUAUCAUAAUCAUGAGCACAAUUAAGGUAAUAUUAUGUUGAAGUACAUGAAGGUGAUUUAGUUUUGAUCAGUGCACAUAUAUACUUGCACAGUUCGGAGCGACCCCAGUUGGGCUCCUGAUCCAUCGUCUUCCCACCCCAGUAGUUGUGUUUAGUAAGUUCAAUAAUUUACGAAUAUUCGCUUUGCAUAUAUUGGCAGUAUAGAACAUUUUUUUAAGUCGUAAUUACCUUAAUCUCUCGUCUUCCGACCUUAGUUCUGGUGUAAUUCAGCCUUGAAUCGCUGCAUAAAUUGUUAGUUUAACUUAUAAUAAGAUUUGAACAGUUAUUAAUUAAUUAAGGUUCGUUUAAUAUGGCCUCGAAGCCAUUUUCACUGGUUCACCGUUAUUUGAUUUUCUGAGUUGAGGAAGAGUAGUGAAUUUUUGUUUUAUGAUAGCACAAUAUCGCACUGUUGGAGUAGACCGAAUGACGGCCUCCUAAUCCAUCGUCUUCCCGUCUAUAGUUUGUCUCAUAAUACCUUAUACCUAAAAUAAAUAAGUUGGUCACUAUCAUGUUUCUGUACAUACUUUCCUUGUGCCGUUUUACGAUUUAAAAGCAAUCGGGUAUAUAUUUAGUCCAUGUAAUAAAUCAAUAUUUAUCAUAGGUAUGUAAUUAAACUCAUCGGUGAUUUAGAUCAAAAUUGUGUAUUACAUAUAUAUCGGUAGAUGAUGUGUCAGUAGAGCUUAUAAAUAGCUUGGUAGAUUCUUAAUAAGUAAUAAUUUAAAUAAAUAGAUAAUUUACGGUUAAUAGUAUAAUUUAUAUUUUAUCACGGGGCACAGUUUAUUGAUGCAUUUUGGUUGAAGAGAAUAGUGAAGGGACGUGGGAGUUUUGGAGUUUUGUUUAAUGGUUGCACUUUUCUGCACUCCGGAGCGACCUGAAUGUGGGCUCCUGAUCCAUCGUCUUCCCACACUGUACUCGAACAGACGUAGUAUGCUAAAUACGCCGCUUUUAAAUUAAGGGUUUAAUUUUCUAUUGGAUUAAGACCUAGACAGUUAAGACCACGCAAUAAAAUAAACGCUUCUUUUAGACGAUUGUUCUCGCAAAUUUUCAUAUUAUUUUCUUACAAACGCUCAUUAUGUAAUAAUCAUAAAAGUAACGUUGCCAGAAAUCUUCAUGAAUCUGAAGUAGCAUUAAUGAUAACUUGAAAUGUCGAAGUGGGUACUUACGAACAGCUAUUAUGAAAAUAAUAAUAAGGUCAAUAAAAUCAAUUACUGUUGUUUGUCUGCUACAAAACAUUACAUAUUGAUAUAAGAUGUUAAUAAGUAAUAUCAAUGACUAACUCAUAUAUCAAACGACAUUAAAAUGUAGGACUAUUGUUUAGACAGGUUAAGUAAUUAGGUGCUUUAUAGUUAUAGAUUUAGGUUCUAAUUUGAGAUGUUGAAUAUUUUACAGUGAAAUUUAGUGAAGAUAGCAUUGCAUUACUGGGGAAAAUGUUUUCAAACCAGUGUAAACACGGCGGUUAGCCUCAUUAAGGAAGGAAUUACCUGCGGGAUUUUAGACAAUGAAACAGCUUUAGGUCAUUUACACGUCUCUAGUAAUUGUAUGUACAAUUGUGACUUGAACAGACCUUAAACUUUUGUAAAAAUAACAACAAAGUAUACUAAUCUCUCUUUUAACGCAGAUUAGUACAUAAUCUUUUAUGAUCAAUUACGUUUGUAUGUACACAACUGUAGCAUCUGUAAUGGACAUUUCUAAAAGAUAAAUUUUUAAUAGUAAAUAAAUUAUAUUCGUGUACUUGCGUAAUUGGGUUUACUAGUUAGUCACUCGAUAUACCGAAUUUAAUUACUCUGUGAAUAUGACAGCUAUUCUAAAUAUUAAAUAAACAUGUCCCUAAAAAUGUUCCAUAACUUUUACAAUUGCAUCUUCGUCUAUUAUCAUACAUGUAUGACCAUUACAGAUGCUUUUGCUGUACCUAAGUCCGAUAUAUUGCUUCCAGAACAAAUAGCCCGGACAGUGUAUUUAAUUCCUUAAUGUUGUAGCAAACUAAUGAUUAACCAGAAAACAGGACUUAGGUACAGGGUGCUUCUAGAAACGUGUAAACGCGUGGCCGGAGUGUUGCACUCUAAUCUUCUACAACGUAAGCUCCUUACUGGCUUAAACAUUAGUUCAGACAUACAGACUACCUACUUACAUCCCUAUUAGUGUACUUUACUUAAAGGGAAAUGCUCUCAGCCGAUACUUACGGUGAAUCUCUAUUCUCUAUUUUCUCGAAUCUCUAUUAAACAAAAUCUCUAAAAUGUGGACACUAAUACUUUUUAGUGCUUAAUUAUUUAUUUAUAACAUUGCAUCAUUCACAUUUAAGUAUUUAAGACAUCUUUUUGAAGAGGUAAAAUAAGGGUAUAACUGUUAAUGUAGUUAAAGUUCUAUUUAUGUUUUUAAGACCUUAAAAAUGUAAGCCGUCCAUACUUUACAUUCCACUAGGUUAAGGUUUAUUGCACAAUUUAUUUAGAUAUAUUUUGUACAUCGUAGCGAGCUAGUAUUUCGGAUCGAAUAUUAUAUAGAUAUUAAGGUAUUUGCUGAUACAUCACAAUAUACUUUGAAUCACAGACGUAGAAAUUAUAGUUUUAACUAUGUAUAAGGAGUUUUAGAAUCUAUGUAAGUGAAAUUAGUCGGAGUACUACUGAAGAUUUCGAUAACUCCUGCGGCAUUAUUGCACUUAAAUAAUCUAAGAUCGAUCUAAGUUCAAAUAUUCCCGUGACGGUUGUAUGUAGAAGACAAAUAAUUAUAGUUACUUAUUAUGGAACAUUUUUGAUGUAAACUUAUACAAAGUUGACAUUUAUUCUUCGAAAUUAAUAGUCAUAAUCCUCUUGUUUUGUUUAUCUAGUGCCCAUAAGCAAUAAGACUCGUAAAUACGACAUCUUUUUUAUCCUUCAGAUUCUCGAAAUUGCAAUUUGGUAUUAUUACUAUGAGACAGGCUUAUCCAAUCAGUCGUGUUUGAAUUUAUUUUAACGUCAUGAAGCCAAUUCGUAUCAGAUUUAUGUAAAUUGCUUUGGAAAAUUAAAUUUAAACUUAAAUACUUUUUGGGAACAAAAUUGACAAUACACAUAGAGAAAAUUACUUAAGAUCAUCUCUGAUGGAUUGAACAAGAUUAUUAAUUUCGUGAAUGAAGUUUACUAUAAAAGUGCCAAACAUAAAGCCAAGCAUUCGCCCGCAUUCUUAUAACAUCCUACUGCCAAUUAGGGCGCAAAUCUGACAUCAAUUAGCGUACUUAGAAAAACAGUUACAAAAAUAAUCCAUACUUAAGUGUCAAGUGGCUCUCUCGCAAAAUAUCUGCAUGUUUUUAACAGACAAGUACGGCAAGUACCCUCUAUGCUCUGGUUAUAAAGUACUCCCUCUAGAGCGUGGAACAUCAUGAGUAACAAUAUUAACCAAUUAACCAAGAUAUUACGUCGAUGAAUAUAUUUUACAAAAAGAAAAUUUCUUUGUGUUUCGCAUUUUUAAGUGUACUCAACUUUUGAAGAGGAAACUUGAAGUAGGUAUUAUGUUUUAUAAACAAUUAGCAAAUAAAGUUUUUCAUAUCAUUGCUUUUGUCAGACUUACUAAAUUAAGUUUUAUGUUUACCGACUUACUAACGAAAAUGUUUGACGAGGAACUCGACUAAUUUCAAGCUGCUCUAAGGGUUCAUAUUCAUAGUCAAACACUAGGUAAUAGAAGCAAGCCAGUAAACAUAAACAGUUUUCAUUCCAUCGUAUUAUUAGUUUGUAAUUUUAAUAUCACAUUUUGACAGCAUAUCGAGUUAUAACAGAAUAUACAAAUAUACUUAAGUGUAAUUACCUGAAAUGUAAUGUAUUUGUUUACUUAGUUUAAACCAUGUUUUUACGCAAAAUUGAAUACUUACAAUUAAUUUAUAAGAUACAAUUACAAUUAAGAUAGUAUUUUAGUCCUAAGAAUGUAUUUGUAUAUAUAUGGAGCCUUCAGGAAUUCCGUCCAAUCAAUUAGAAUUGUUUAAGUAGAUAUGUAAGUUGAGUAGCGAUAUUUAUAAUGAUAUUAAUAUCAGUCCUAGAUUAAGGGUCUGCACUAAGUUAUGACUAAUUUUAGCUGUCUGUAGAAUGUUUUCAAUACUUAAAUUUUUUAUGAAUUUAGUCAUAAUGUCACAUUGUUUUUAGAGUUAAGGUGAUCGCAUACCUAACGCGCACGGUUCCAGCAUGGCUCCGGCAUGGCUCCGGCAUGGCUCCGGCACGGCUCAUGCACCGCACGACGUUUUUUGUUUUGGAAACAACACAAAGAUGUUGCAUGGGCGGCGCGCUUACAGCUUAUUUGUAUUGUCGUUAUGAGAUAACUCAUACGACAUAUGAUUUAAAGUUGAUAUUUAAAUGAAAUUGACAUUUUUUGAUUGGAGUUAUGCCGGAGCCGUGCUUGUAAGGUGUGCAUUGACUUUUAUGGAGUCAAUUUUAAUUAUGAGAUUGAUUAUUGGAAGUGUUUGAAGAACUUGAAUAAAAUUGACUUUUCUAGGCUCGUCGUCAUGCCAAUAGUCUUUUAUAAUAGUCCUUUCUAGUUAUAAGUAGAUUUUUCUUAGCUACUUACUUAAUGACAUAACUCGAUUGCACAAGUAGUGGAAAAGUAGAUGCAGUGGCGCUUCAUUCUUAAAAAAGCUUAUACAGUAGUGUAAGAUAUAAAAUUAUAUAGAAUCUAUGUAUAUUGUAUGUAUAUUUCGAAAAGAACAUAAACAAAAUAUAGGUGUAUUAUAUAUUCAGUUGUUGUAUUUUGAUUUUGAAUUGGAAAUAAAUUUUUAUGAUUAU